AUGCCUGAAAGUGCUCUUGAUAUUGAUAAAUUGAUUUCAGCAGAAAUUCCUGACAAGGAUUCCAAUCCUUUGCUGUUUCAAGCUGUCAUAAAUUACAUGAUACAUGGUCCAUGUGGUCCUGAAAAUUACAAAUUUCCUUGCAUGAAUGACGGACGGUGUUCAAAAAAAUUUCCAAAAAACUUUUUCUCCCGUACUUCUAUUGAUGAUGAUGGAUUCCCUCAUUAUAAGAGACGAAAUAAUGCGAGAGUUGUGAACAAAAAUGGUGUUGAAAAUGAUGCCAGAGAAGUACCCCCUGUUCAGAGAUUGCCAUUUCACCUGCCUAAUGAAAAGAACAUUAUUUUCAGUGAUAAUGCUUCGAUUUCUGAUGUCAAGACAAGGGCGGAGUCUAGACUAUCAAUCUUUGAGUCUUGGAAGCAUGCAAAUAAAAAAUAUCCAGAAGGUAGGCAUCUAACUUAUGCAGAGUACCCGACUGAAUUUGUUUACAAAGACCAAACUCAUGAAUGGAAACCUAGAAAAGUGGGAUUUUCAAUUGGGAGAAUAAAUCAUUUUUCUGCCAAUAAUGGAGAAGAUUCCUAUCUUCGCACGUUGCUUACUUUUCAAAGGGGGUGUACUAGUUCUGAAGAUCUUAGAACAAUCAAUGGCGUGUUUUUUCCUACAUUUAAGGAUGCCUGCUAUUCUUUGGAACUUCUAGAUGAUGACAAUGAGUAUAUUGAUGCAAUUAAAGAGGCAAGUUCAUGGGGUUCUGCUACAUAUCUUAGAUCUCUGUUUGCUCUAUUGUUAUUUGCCAACUCAAUGCACAGGCCUGAAAAAGUUUGGGAAGAGUGUUGGAAAUUUUUAUCCGACGACGUCCAUUAUCGGGAUAGGAAAAGAAUAGGGCGUCAAGAUGCACUUCUUACAGAAGAAAGUAUAAAAAACAUAACACUUGCUCAAAUUGAUAAGGUGCUGCAGAGCAAUGGUAAAUGCCUCUCUGAUUACCCGUCAAUGUCUCUCAUCACCAGUGAAUCGUUGCUUGAUAUGCAGAAUCGAUUAGUGGUUCAUGAAUUAAUGUAUGACAGAUUUUCAUUAGGAGAAGAGCAUGAAAGACUAUUUAAUUCCCUCACUGAUGAGCAGAGAGUUGUUUAUGACAAAAUCAUUUCGGCAGUUACAGCAGGAAAAAUAUUUAUUUGGAAUACUCUUUUAGCAUCUGUUAGAUUAAAAGCUGAAAUAGUACUUAAUGUUGCUUCUAGCAGAAUUGCUUCCCUUCUGCUUCCAGGAGGACGAACAACAUAUUCUAGAUUUCGUAUUCCUAUUCAGAUCAAUGAAGAUUCAACGUGUAAUAUAAAGCCAAAUUCUACUAUAGCAGAGUUGCUGUCAAAAACGAAGUUAAUCAUUUGGGAUGAAGCACCAAUGGUGCAUAGAUUUUGUUUUGAGGCUCUGGAUAGAACACUUAGAGUUGUCCUUAGAUUUUCUAACACGAGCUGUGUUGAUAUGCCAUUUGGUGGAAAAAUUGUUGUUCUAGGAGGUGACUUUCGGCAAAUAUUACCUGUCAUUCCUCAUGGCAGCAGAAAGAAGAUAGUAAAUGCAACCUGUCGCAACCGGAUCGCGACGUGA